AUCGAAUUAUCACUCGUUUUGUUCUCCAGGUGUGUCUGAUGCCGUUAGAGUGAAGUCAGUGAUGGUUGGAGAAUCAGUCACUCUAGAAAUACAGAGAAGCGGGGACAUCGAGUGGAAGUUUAGAUCCCACAACAUUCUUAUAGCUUACAUCAGCAGAGAUGAAAUCAAAUUGCAAGAAAAAGUUCUUGAUGGGAGUUUCAGAGGCAGACUGACGCUGGAUCAGACUGGAUCUCUGACCAUCAACAACACCAGAACAACAGACUCUGGAGAAUAUAAAGCAAUCAUGACCAGCACAGGAAUACUACUCCACACAUUCAAGCUGACUGUCCAUGCUCCUCUUCCGAUUCCUGUCAUUUCCACCUACUUAUCUCCAUGCCCAAAUACAUCAUCGGAGUCCAGAUGUGUGCUGCUGUGUUCAGUGGUGAAUGUGAGGUCUGCGACUCUCUCCUGGUACAAAGGAAACAGUGUAUUGUCCAGCACCAGCGCAUCUGAUCUCAGCAUCAGUCUCUCUCUACCUCUGGAGGUGGAACUACAGGAUAAAAGCACCUACAGCUGUGUGGUCAGCAACCCCAUCAGCAACCAGACCACGCAUCUGGACAUCGACACACUCUGUAACACAUGCUCAGAUGGCCUCUUUCCUAAAGCUGUGAUCCUAUUGGUUCUCUCUGCUGUGGUGGGCGUGGCUGCGGCCGUGGUGCCUGUACUGGUUUAUAAGUUAAUAUCCAGAUGUCUUCAAAAGAAGAAAAGUGUGCAGGAAGAAGCAAAAAUCACCUAUUCAUCUAUAGAUUACGGACUGUAAAAAUGUAUCUGUAAAUUAGCAGUUCUCUGUAUUUUGUAAUUCCUGGUUUUACUUUUUAAUUUCCUGUUUAAUUAUGCUUUAAAUUUUAAAAGUUUAUUUAUCAUUUUAUUUAUGUUUAUGCAU